GAAGUCCUUUUCUCCACCUUUUUCGCAUGCAAAACUUCUCGAGAGAGCAGCCACAGCUCCACAGCUGCGACGAAGACGCAGACGGCAAGAGACGCGAAAGCUUCCGCCGAGAGAGCAAUCAUAGUCUAAUAUCCGUCUGUCUACCUAGCUAGCUACGACGAGAACAGCAAGAGACUCGACCAGAGCCGUCUGUGUAAGAGCUCAAGCCACGAAGAUCCACCACUCACUCCUGCCAAAAGUCUAUCGACGUCUUCAAUCUUCAUUUGUCAGUCAUCAUGUCGAGUACAGGUACUCCUUCGAAACCCUCCCACAACAAGAGCCACAGUAGCAAUAAUAAGUCGCUGAUGUUCUACUUGGGUCUGAUGCUGGCUGGAACGGCCAGUCACUGUUUGACAGGUCUCUUUGGAUUGUUGCACUUGCAAGUCUUUUUGGAAGGAUACUCGUUGCCCUUGCCCGUCUACAGUGUAGGCUCCACCAUUUUUGCCUGCAUCAACACGGCCAAUGAUGUGGCAGGCGCUUGGUUGGUGGAUUCCUUGACCAAUUGUUGCGGUGGAAAACAGCGACAUGAAUUGGUGGGAUGGUCCGGUUGUCUCUUUGCUCUGUGUUUCUUGACGCCCUUCUUUUUUGGUUCCUCGCUAGUGGGAAGCGGCAUUUUUUGGCAAGGCGCUCACUUUGUCACGUCACUGAGUCUCUACGACACCAUGUUCUCCUUUCAUUGCAUUCUGAUACAUAGUAUCCUUUCCGAUCAGAGUUCCAUGAGUGAUGGAGAUCGAGUCACAUUCCUGGCCACGGAAAAGAUUGUCAGCAUGUUUGUGCCCAUGGUCGUGUCUCGUGCCGCAUUGGCCGUCUUUGAUACCAACAAUCUGCAACCCUUACGAACCUACCUUCUCUUUAUUGCUGGCAUGGUUUCCAUCAUGUCCUUGAUGGCACAAAAGUUGCUCACUCCAAACAUGAACUUGAUAGAUGCUUGCAAACGACAGAAAAAGUCCAAAGUGGAGGACGAUGAUGAUGAUGAUGAGAAGAUGGAACCAUUAUUGAAGAAGAAUCAUGAUCAUCAUCAUCACACAACAAGAACCACAACCACCAAACAACUCCACUUUCGACAAGUCGUCCAAGACUUUGUCCAACAUUCCAACUUUCGAUACUGGAUUUGCAUGGAAAUGCUAUUGGAAGGACAAAUCGGUUUUAUCAGGUCGUUUCUCAAAACGUUUGUCGAUCAACUCGUAUUGACCAGCACCAAUAAUGGACGACAAGGAGGACUGUCACGGGAAACCUGCGAUUGGUUCUUGUCCAGUCAACCGGCAUUGAUCACCAUCACGUCACUCCUCUUGUACAUUCCCAUUCGACGCUUUGGAUAUGCCAAACUAUACUCUUUGGUCUUUCUCUGCAACUUUCUCCUCUCUCUGGGCCUCAUUCUCUUUGUGGGGGGUGGUCAUGGGUGGACUCUGGAUUAUGUGGAUACAAGUACAACAACUCCCAUUGUCAUUUUCUUGACACUCUACCCCGUAUUGACCAGUGCCAUUGCCGGCUGUGGGUUUGCCUUGGCCAUGGCGGACAUGAUUUUGGAAAUGAAAGUCACCAAGGCUCGGCAAGGACGAUGGGACGAACCCUCACUGGCGGGACUCUUUAUGGGCGUCAAUGCCCUCUUUUGCAAACCCGUCGAAUCUGUACUGCCCGUCACUACGGCCACACUCUUGGGGAACACCACCCACGUGCUCCAGCAGGGCGCCGCCGUCCAAACCGUUCUCUUUCGACUCUUGGUGUUGCCACCACUGGUCUGCUCCGUGUUGCAGUUUUGGGCGUGGUCUCAUUACGAUUUGCAUCCUGCCAAAACCAAAGUGCUGCGCAAAGAAUGGGAGUCCAUUGAAAUGACCAAGAACAUGGAGGAGGAGAACCAGCAGCAAACAGCUCUCAAAGACGAGUCCGUGGAAGGAUUGCUGUCGUGAAUGGAGUUGUGAGUGAGGCUGGAAGGGGAUCGGACCAUGAGAGGCCAAGAAUGUAUAUAAUAAUCUACCCAAGCUAUAGCUAUUAUAGCUUGUGAAGAAAGGUGCAGAAUGAAACAUUUGAAAUCAGAAACUACAGUACAAGAGGGGUCGAACUACAGCAACGAGGGAACGGCAAAUUGACUUUACGGAGGAUCAAUUUCGAUGGCACGCUUCCAGCAGAAACAAUUCUGCUGUACUUUACUGAGAUAACAAACGGGAAUAUCUAACUUUUCUCAUAACUUAUAAAAUAAUGUCCUAAUGUACAACGCG